UCGGCUAACUACUUCCGUGAGUCUUAUUAUCAAUGAUUUUGUCAGUUGUGCGGGAUUAAACACUCCUCCGGUGUUUGUCUUUUGUUGUUGUCAAAGAUGUCGUACAACUACGUGGUAACAGCCCAGAAGCCCACGGCGGUCAGCGCCUGCAUCACAGGUCACUUCACCUCGGCGGACGACCUCAAUCUGCUCAUAGCAAAAAACACACGCCUGGAGAUCUAUGUGGUCACAGCAGAGGGGCUGAGGCCCGUCAAAGAAGUGGGCAUGUACGGCAAAAUUUCCGUCAUGGAGCUUUUCCGGCCCAAGGGUGAGAGCAAGGAUCUGCUGUUCAUCCUCACAUCCAAGUACAACGCCUGCAUCCUUGAGUACAAACAGACCGGGGAGAGCAUCGACAUCAUCACCCGGGCUCAUGGCAACGUUCAGGAUCGCAUUGGACGUCCAUCGGAGACGGGUAUUAUCGGCAUCGUGGACCCUGAAUGCCGCAUGAUUGGCCUGCGGCUGUAUGACGGGCUGUUCAAGGUGAUCCCGUUGGACCGGGACAACCGCGAGCUCAAAGCUUUCAACAUAAGAUUGGAGGAGCUGCAGGUCAUCGACGUUCACUUCCUGUACGGCUGCCAGGCCCCAACUGUCUGCUUCAUCUACCAGGACCCUCAGGGACGACACGUGAAGACCUACGAGGUUUCUUUGAGGGAGAAGGAGUUCAACAAGGGCCCCUGGAAACAGGAGAACGUGGAGGCUGAAGCAUCUAUGGUCAUCCCAGUGCCAGAGCCAUUUGGUGGCGCUAUAAUCAUAGGACAAGAGUCCAUCACCUACCACAAUGGAGACAAAUACUUGGCCAUUGCACCGCCCACUAUCAAGCAAAGCACCAUUGUCUGCCACAACCGGGUGGACCCCAACGGCUCCCGCUACCUGCUCGGGGACAUGGAGGGACGUCUGUUCAUGCUGCUGUUGGAGAAGGAGGAGCAAAUGGACGGCACGGUGACGCUCAAAGACCUGCACGUGGAGCUGCUCGGAGAGACAUCAAUUGCUGAGUGUCUGACCUACCUGGACAAUGGUGUGGUGUUUGUGGGCUCCAGACUGGGCGACUCUCAGUUAGUGAAGCUCAACGUGGACAGCAACGACCAGGGCUCGUAUGUGGCAGUGAUGGAGACCUUCACCAAUCUGGGACCCAUUGUGGACAUGUGUGUGGUAGACCUGGAGAGACAAGGCCAGGGCCAGCUGGUGACAUGCUCAGGUGCAUUCAAAGAGGGCUCUCUUCGGAUCAUCCGCAAUGGCAUUGGGAUUCACGAGCACGCCAGCAUUGACCUGCCGGGAAUCAAAGGUUUGUGGCCGCUCCGCUCGGAGGCCGGCAGAGAGACAGAUGACAUGCUGGUGCUGUCUUUUGUGGGUCAGACACGCGUGUUGAUGCUGAGUGGAGAGGAGGUUGAGGAGACUGAACUUCCAGGCUUUGUGGACAACCAGCAGACCUUUUACUGUGGCAACGUGGCGCACCAGCAACUCAUUCAAAUCACAUCAGGCUCUGUGCGCCUGGUGCUGCAGGACAGCAAAGCCUUGGUGAGUGAAUGGAAGGAGCCACAGGGCAGGAACAUCAGCGUGGCUGCCUGCAACCACACCCAGGUGGUGCUCGCUGUUGGACGGGCGCUCUACUACCUGCAGAUCCUCGCUGGGGAACUCAAACAGAUCAGCACCACAGAGAUGGAGCACGAGGUGGCCUGUCUGGACAUCACACCUCUGGGGGACGCCGGUGGUGAGUCACCGCUCUGCGCCGUCGGACUCUGGACGGACAUCUCGGCCCGCGUGCUCAAUCUGCCCUGUUUCACAACCCUGCACAAGGAAAUGCUGGGUGGAGAGAUCAUCCCUCGCUCAAUCCUAAUGACCACCUUUGAAGGCAGCUACUACCUGUUGUGUGCCCUGGGGGACGGAGCGCUCUUUUACUUCGGUCUGGACCUGCAGACAGGCGCCCUAAGCGAGCGUAAGAAGGUCACCCUGGGCACCCAGCCCACGGUGCUGAGGACCUUCAGGUCUCUGUCCACGUCCAACGUCUUCGCCUGCUCCGACCGGCCCACCGUCAUCUACUCCUCCAACCACAAGCUGGUGUUCUCCAACGUCAACCUCAAGGAGGUCAAUUACAUGUGCCCACUCAACUCCGAGGGUUACCCCGACAGUCUGGCUCUGGCCAACAACAGCACUCUGACUAUCGGUACCAUUGAUGAGAUUCAGAAACUUCACAUUCGCACCGUUCCUCUUUACGAGUCUCCCAGGCGGAUUUGUUACCAGGAGGUUUCCCAGUGUUUCGGGGUUCUGUCCAGCAGGGUGGAGAUGCAGGAUGUGAGCGGCACCACAUCUGCCGUGCGGCCCAGUGCAAGCACUCAGGCUCUCUCCAGCAGCGUGAGCUCCAGCAAGCUCUUCCCCAGCAGCACCUCUCCCCACGAGACCUCCUUCGGUGAAGAGGUGGAGGUCCACAGCCUGCUGGUCGUGGAUCAGCACACCUUUGAAGUUCUCCAUGCCCAUCAGUUCCUCCCCAGCGAGUACUCCCUCAGCAUGGUGUCGUGUCGUCUGGGAAAGGACCCGUCGGUGUAUUUCAUCGUCGGCACCGCCAUGGUUUACCCGGAGGAGGCCGAGCCCAAGCAGGGACGCAUCAUUGUCUUCCACUACACCGACGGUAAGCUGCAAACGGUGGCUGAGAAGGAGGUGAAAGGAGCCGUCUACUCUAUGGUGGAGUUCAAUGGAAAACUUCUGGCCAGCAUAAACAGCACAGUCCGUCUGUACGAGUGGACGGCUGAGAAGGAGCUCAGGACCGAGUGCAACCACUACAACAACAUCAUGGCCCUGUACCUGAAGACCAAAGGAGACUUCAUCCUGGUGGGAGACCUGAUGAGGUCUGUCCUCCUGCUGGCCUACAAACCGAUGGAGGGCAACUUUGAAGAGAUUGCUCGUGACUUCAAUCCUAACUGGAUGAGCGCGGUUGAAAUCCUGGACGACGACAACUUCCUCGGGGCGGAGAACGCCUUCAACCUGUUCGUUUGCCAAAAAGACAGUGCGGCCACCACAGACGAGGAGCGGCAGCACCUGCAGGAGGUCGGGGUCUUUCACCUCGGGGAGUUUGUGAACGUCUUCUGCCACGGCUCGCUGGUGCUGCAGAACCUGGGCGAGAGCUCAACGCCCACUCAGGGCUCCGUGCUCUUUGGCACCGUUAACGGCAUGAUCGGUCUGGUGACGUCUCUGUCCGAGGGCUGGUACAGCCUCCUGCUGGACCUGCAGAACCGCCUCAACAAGGUCAUCAAGAGCGUGGGCAAGAUCGAGCACAGCUUCUGGAGGUCCUUCCACACGGAGCGGAAGACAGAGCAAGCCACGGGAUUCAUCGACGGGGACCUGAUUGAAAGCUUCCUGGACCUCGGCCGGGCGAAGAUGCAGGAGGUCGUCAGCACUCUUCAGAUCGAUGACGGCAGCGGCAUGAAGCGUGAAGCUACAGUGGACGAGGUGAUUAAGAUCGUGGAGGAGCUGACGAGGAUCCACUAGCCCCGACCGCCGUCCAGAUCCCCGCUGGCCCGAGAGCUCGGCCGAGAGGAGGAGCGACGGGUGAAAGCGACGUUGAAGGCAACGGUUUGGGGGUUUUGCAGAUUUGUAAAUACGUAUAAAUAAACAGUGUGUGCAUGUUCGUCCUUCAGACUUCAGUCAUUUAUAAACUGUUGAGACCCUGAAGGUGCCCCAUGUCGAGCGGCGCGGCCUUCAUUUAGAUAAGAGUCUCCAGGCGAAGUGCGUAGCAUCCUGUUUGAACAACAAAAAGACCAAAGUAAAAGACAUUGGUCUGAGUGUGCUUGAGUGUGUGUGUGCGAUUGUGUCCGUGUGUGGAAUAAUGCGCGAUUAUAAAUAGGAAAAAAAUACAGAAAAAUUUCCUCGCCAGAAGAAUUCUCUGGGAGUUUUGUGACAGUUGCAGGCAGGUUAGUUUCUCCACACCCGUCAUUUCUGACUGAUUUAUUGUUUCCACGUUUAUUAUUGAAGUACGGAGUAAACACACUGUAUGAGAAACAAAAUGAGGAAGAGGAUAGAUUUAUAGCUAUUUUGUCUUUGUGAUGUUUUCUUUGUUUAUUCUAAUAAAGUUUGCUUUAGUACCGUU